UGCGAACAGAUGAAAAUGAGUUGGAUCAUCGAGGGGCGAACUUCAACGGCCAAAUUUGGCAUAUACCAUUCCUUCUUUAUUUUUCCAUCUCAACAAGAAAAACAAAAAGUCUCUCGUUUUUCUUCUUUCUCCUCUUUUUGUUUACAGCUCCUAAGCGACAGGUAUCAUAAUAUCUUCCUCCUCUUGUUUUCUUCUUCUUUUUCUACGUGGUUUUUCUCGUAGGUUAUUUGAAUAAGAUUUUGAUAAUUUUUUUGUGUUGGUAUGAAUCAAUUAUUAGAUUAUCUCUGAGAAUUUCGAAUUCUAGGGUUUGUUUUCCUGGGUCGACAUAGGGUUCUAGGGGGGGGGGGAGCAUCACACAAAGAUGUGGGAUUGAAAUCUCCUUGUGGAAGUUGAGGGAGGGGGGAGAGAGAAAUGAGUACAAGGGAGAUAACAGCCAAGGACGUGAAAGCCACAGAGAAGAACCGGGUUCGAUACUCUUCAAAGCACAUUAAACAUCUUCCACCUGGAACCAUUACUGAGUUUGUAUGGAAGGAUUAUUGUCCCUUGGGAUUCAGACUUGUGCAAGAGCUUGAGGAUAUUAACCAUGCUGAAUACUUGAAAUCCGUAUGCAAUGAUGAGACGUUAAGGAAGCUUUCUACUGGGAAAGUUGGUAAUAUGUUUCUUCUCUGCAAAGAUGACCGCUUUCUUAUUAAGAUUCUUCGCAAAUCCGAAAUCAAGGUGAUACUAGAGAUGUUGCCUGGCUACUACCAACAUAUUCAUAAAUACAGGUCAACCUUGUUGUCCAAGAACUAUGGAGCUCAUUCUCUCAAACCUGUUGGAGGUGUUAAGACAUAUUUCGUGGUCAUGUCAAACAUACUACAGUCAGAUGUUUUUAUGAACAAGGUCUAUGAUCUAAAGGGUUCAUCACAAGGCCGAACUAACAAGAAGAUCAAAGUCAGAGAUAAAACCAUACUUAAAGAUAUAGACCUUGAUUUUCAUUUCUAUGUUGAUUCCUUGGCAAGGCACCGCCUCCUCAAGCAAACAAAGCUAGACUGUGAGCUUUUGGAAGAUGAAGGGAUAAUGGAUUAUAGCUUAAUGCUUGGUUUACAAGUUAAAGGUUCAUGUCAAGGCUCAACUGAUGGAUUAAUCCCUGUAUACGAUAGCUUCACAUCACUAGGCUCUGUUGACAGCAGUAAGUUUAUGAAGACAGCUACGAACUCUCCAGAUAGUUCUUCAACAAUGUAUUCAUGCACUCCGAGCAGAGACUCAAUUGAUAGCGAGGACUCAGUGAAUGUACAAUCCGUAGCAAGCAUGUGCCCUAGUCCAGCACCAACCAACGCUUCUGAUUCUCCACAAGGAAGCAUUGUCUACAAAACAAGACCCACCAACAUCUUCCAAAACAGCUCAAGCACAAACUUCGGUAUGAGGAUACCUGGAAGAGCACGAAGGGUGGGGAGAGGAGAAUCAUUAGGGAGUGUGGUGGGGAAGAACGUUAAAGGAGGGGGAGAGGAAUGGUACGACGUUAUAUUGUACCUUGGGAUUAUAGACAUUUUCCAAGACUAUGGUGUGAGGAAACGCAUUGAACAUUGUUACAAGUCUAUUCAACACAGCUCUAAGACUAUCUCAGCCGUCCAUCCCAAGAUCUACUCUUCUCGUUUUCAAGACUUCGUCUCUCAGAUCUUCUUACCAGACGAAGACCUUUCUAAUUGACAUUAACUACCAUGUCUUAAUCUUUCUACUUAAAGUUUGUUUAUGAAGCAAAAACAACCCGCACAACUUUUAUUUACUUUGACAUACAAGGCUCGAAUUUUUUAAUUAAUUAUUUAUCAGACGUUAUGUCAAGUUAAAGGAAUCUGUAUGAAACAAAAGCCUAAAAUCGACCCAAUAUUAAGGAAAUUAAAUAGAUAUGGGUGGUGCAAGCAUGACCACGUGCUAAAAGAUUUUAGUGUUAAGGAGAAGGAAGAAGCGUGUCCAAUUAGCCGACAGCUGAGGAAUGAAAAGCUGAGUUGGCAUCUAUGUGAACAAGUCAAACCUCCGCCUCGCAUGUUUGUGAGUUAUUUGACUUAUUCACCAUUCAAAAGUUUGCUUUACUUUUAUUAAUACUAACAAUUACUACUAUAAAUAAUCCAACUCCGCAAAUAACCUAAACACAUUUACACUUUACACUGCUAUUAACUAUUUUUUGGCUUUAACAAUUUCAAUUGCACAUGCCAGAUUUCAUGACUAAUAGUAUAUACUUUAUGACUAAAAAUUAAAAAAAGAUACACUUUUGUUUUGCAAAUUAUAAAACCAGUUCUUAUUACUAUGGGCAUGUAUA